GUGUCAUUGAAGAGUAUUUGAGUGCUGUGACCACAUUAGAAACUAGACUAUCACAGCUCAGCUGAAGCAUCACAAAAGAGAUUUAAAGUGCUUGAGGCGUGUGGCUACAGCAGAGUCUGGAACUUCACAGCUUGGCUGAAGCUUAUCUAAAAUAGUGACCAUGCUGUGGACAAGAGAGCGUAGCUAUUCUGUCCUGGUUGUUGACUGCAUCACUCUGAUCACCGGUCUUCCUGCCAACCUGCUGGCUCUCUACAUUUUUAUCCGAAAGGUGAAAGAGCGCCCUACGCCUCUAGACGUGCUCUUGCUCAGCCUUACCAUCUCUGACCUUCUCUUCCUCUUGUUCCUCCCAUUGAGCAUAAACGAAGCGGCCAACAUGAAAUGGACCAUGAACUUCUUCCUUUGUCCACUCUCAGGAUUCAUCUACUUCAGCACCAUCCACAACAGCACCUUGCUUUUAACGGCUAUCAGUGUGGAGCGCUAUCUGGGAGUGGCCUUCCCUGUAAAAUACAAACUCAAGCGAAAUCCCAGAUAUGCUGUGAUCGCCAGUGUCAUAUUCUGGGUACUUUCCAUGGGCCACUGCAGUAUUGUCUACAUUGUUGAGUACCAUAAACACAGCAAUGACACCCUCAAUUAUCCGUCCAACAGGAAUUCUUGCUACAAAGAGUUUAACAGGGAGCAGUUGAAGCUCCUAUUACCCGUCCGUUUGGAGUUGUUCAUUGUCAUGUUCUGCAUUCCUUUUCUCAUCUGUUGCUUCUGCUACAUCAACUUCGUCCUUAUCCUCUCUCGCUUACCUAACUUCAACGCUCAGAAACGCUCUAGGGCCAUUGGGCUUGCUCUGGUCACCCUCCUGGUUUUCAUCAUCUGCUUUAUACCGUUCAAUGUGUCCCAUGUGGUGGGUUUUAUUGAAGGGGACAGUCCAUCUUGGAGAGUCUACACAGUACUACCCUGCACCUUCAAUGCCUGCUUGGACCCCUUUGUCUUUUAUUUCUCCUCAUCAGCAGUUCGGGGGACUUUCAAUCACAUGAUGCAACGAUUCCUCAAUUGGCUACACCGUUCCUUUGGUCAGAAAUUCAACUGUGUGUUGUUAGGCCGUACUACUGCUUAUGAGGAGAGAACACAGAGUUCCAAUGAUACUUCUCGCUAGAGUCUAGUAUUGCAGAUAGGCACCUAAUUUUAUUAGUGCUCACACUGUGAAUGUCUUUACAGCCAUGUCGCAGAGAAGUCCUCCAGUUGUUGGUGGAACAAUUGUUAAUGGCCAGUACAAUUUAACCCUGUUUACACAGCACAAAGGUGUAGCUAGGGGGUGAUUUCAAGUUUUAAACCCCCUGAAAGAGUUUAUGACAGUUUCCAAUACUUAUUUGUAUACCUAUGGUAUAACACAUGUAAGUGACAUACCAUUGUUUUUCACAGUAAUUGCAUGAUAAUAAUGUUCAUAAAAGGUAACCAUUACGAUUCCUACAUAUUUAACCACCCAAAAUGUCAGACAAAUGAGUCCCUUGGUUUGUUAAUCAUAGGAUCAUGCAUUUUUUCUGUUUAAACGAUAAGUCAGUCACCCUGGCUGAGCUGAGAGCCGAUCAAAUGCUGGAGGUAUAAUGCAGGAGGAGAAAAAGAAGGGAUCUGGUUUUUUUUAAGGUAAAUAACAAAUUUCCCCUUAUUAGUAACAUGCUAUUUGAUAAUUUCCAGUGGAAUUGUCAUGAAAGUAUUUUAUUUCCUAUGCCUAUUAAUUUUAUUAAUAGGGAAAGAUUGGUUGACGGUACAUUGUGGCUUAAAUAAUUAGUAAUUAUUAAUAAUUUUUAGUAAUAAUUAUUAGAAAUUAUUAUUAAUAAUUUUGAAAACCACCACUGCUUCUAUUACUGUCUGCUAUCCACCCAAAUGCGUAGCAUAUUUCCUCACCCUUCCCUGAAAUGAAUUCCUAGCUACACCAUUGAGACAGUGUAUCCUCUACUGUACCCUCUACUCACCUGCUCAGAACAGUGUUCUCCUUUAAAAGCAGUAUUAGUUGAGCAGUAAUGCAGAAAUAUUUAGCUUUUUGAUUAUAUCCAAUUAUUUACCAUGAAAUAUUUAGCUUUUUGAUUAUAUCCAAUUAUUUACCAUGGUUUAUACAGAUAUUAUACUGAUUUUUUGCUAACUUUUGAAAAGAAAAUGAGUGCUUCGAUAUUUUUGCAUUCCUAAAUAUUGAAUUUUAAGAUUACUGCUACAACCUUUAAGAUUUAUGAGAUAUAGUUCUGAAUGUCUCUUUUUUUAUGACUUGUGUCUGAGUAUAUGAUUAUUAUUCCUGAGGGAUCAGUGUCCAUGAUGAGUUUUGAAUUGCCAUCUGUUAUUAAUGCAGCCUUCUCUGAAAUGUGACUCAACUGUCUAGACACUUUCACGUCUGUGAGAAAAUAAUGUAUGUUCUCGAAAAAGUUCUCAGGACCUAGUUAUCAAACGUUAAUCACAACAGCUGUGUUAUUUCAUCAGGCAACAAGGAGAGACUUUUGUCAAACCAUGAGAGAUAUCUUUCUUUAAAAAAAAGGAUAAAGUGAUUUGAUUUUGUUACAUGUGUCACACAGAGAAAGGCACAGAGGAUGAGUGUGAGAAAGGACAGUGUCACAGGUAAUGUCCAACACGUCAGAACCACAGAAGGCCUGUCACCAUAAAGAUCUAACAGGGACAGCAGGGAAAGUAUUUGUGGAUUUUCACAUCACAUUUUGUGUUAUUUACACUUACCAUUUUGUUUGUAUUCUUGAUCAUUUUUUCUAUCCACUUUCAAUACGUAUCAUAGUUCUUCAAGAGGUUAUUUGAAUAUGUCAAGCCAUUUUUGAUUGAUUUAUUUUUAAUUAAAGAAUCCUUUUAAAUUAAUCCAAAAAUCCUUAUAUACUUGGUGAGCCAUCCAGGAGUGGACAUUUAAAUCUGAAGUAUCUGUGUCAGAAGACAGCACAGCAACAAAAAUGUCUCACUGUGUGACAGCAGGACCAGACAGGGCAACAUGUAUAAACUGGAUCACUGCUAUAAUCAAAGAAAGAUCUAGCAGACCAGGGAAAUGUUUGUGGUUUUUCACUUCAUUUUGUGUUAUUACACUUUCCAUUUUAUUUGUAUUCCUGCUUACUUUCAGUAUGUGUCAUAGUUCUUUGAGAAGUUAUUUGAAUAAAUAUA